GGAAAGGGGCGAAGGCACGAGGCAGGCGAGGGGCGGGGAGAGGCGCUGACAAAUCAGCUGCGGGGGCGACGUGGAGGAGCCCGGGAGCCAGAGCGCCCAGCAGCAGACGGCAGGAGACCAGCAGGUGCUGCCCCUGCCCCUCCGUCCAGAGCCUUCCUUCCCACUGCCAUUGAAAUAAAAUCAGGGGUUGGUUCGAAAGAGGAGGAAUCGGAAUUGUGCGGAAGCCAAGGGCGCCGUGUGGAGGAAGACACGUCUUUAACCAUGGAUGUGUUCAUGAAAGGACUUUCGAAGGCCAAGGAAGGAGUGGUGGCUGCUGCUGAAAAAACCAAGCAGGGUGUGGCAGAAGCAGCAGGAAAGACAAAAGAGGGAGUCCUCUAUGUAGGUUCCAAAACUAAGGAGGGAGUGGUUCAUGGAGUGACCACAGUGGCUGAAAAGACCAAAGAGCAAGUGACAAAUGUUGGAGGGGCAGUGGUGACUGGUGUGACAGCCGUCGCCCACAAGACAGUGGAGGGAGCUGGGAACAUUGCUGCUGCCACUGGUUUCGUCAAGAAGGACCAGCUGGGCAAGGGUGAAGAAGGGUACCCACAAGAAGGAAUUCUGGAAGACAUGCCUGUGGAUCCUGGGAGUGAGGCUUAUGAAAUGCCUUCAGAGGAAGGAUACCAAGACUAUGAGCCUGAAGCCUAAGAAUGUCUUUGCUCCCAGUGUCCUGAGAUCUGCCGGCCACUGUUCCAUGGCGUACAAGUGCUCAGUUCCAACGUGCCCAUUCAUGACCUUUUCUCAAAGCUGUACAGUGUGUUUCAAAGUCUUCCAUCUGCAGUGAUUGACGUCCUGUACCUGCCCCUCAGCAUCCCGGUGCUUCCCUCUCACUACAGUGAAUACAUGGUAGCAGGGUCCUGUGUGCUGUGGAUAUUGUGGCUUCAAACCUAAAACGUUAGAAGAAAUUUAAAACACCUAAGUGACUACCACUUAUUUCUAAAUCUUCACUAUUUUUUGUUGCUGUUCUUGAGGAGUUG